AGAAAGUGGGGUGGCGUUGCGAAGUAGAGUAUCAGAACAAUGUGUCCAUGCCUUAAUGGUACACCUGUAGAGUAGGUUUACUAUUUUUGUAUUUGACUUAUUUCAAAAUUUCAGUGAGACAUUCUUAAAAUGUAGUACAAAAUAUUUUUUUUAAAUGUAUGUAACAUAACAUUAUUCAGCAAAAUGGUUUCAUUUGUCGAAGAAGUUUUAACAUUAAAUAAUAUUCAUUUAUGGUUAAUUUCUUUCACAACAUUAUGUAGUUGUAUUGAUGUUUUGGAAAUGUCUCCUCCACCAUAUUCAGACCUCGGCAAAAAAGCCAAAGAUGUCUUCAGUAAGGGAUACCACUUUGGCCUGAUCAAAUUGGAUUGCAAAACAACGACAGCGCAUGGUGUUCAAUUUAACACUGGUGGAGUAUCUGAUCAGGAAUCGGGAAAAGUGACUGGCAGCUUGGAAAGCAAAUACACAGUUAAAGAUUAUGGUUUAACUUUUACAGAAAAGUGGAGUACCAGCAACACUUUGGGCACCGAAGUGUCAAUGGUUGAUCAAGGUUUAAAAGGUCUUAAACUAACUGCUGGUAUCAAUUUUUCUCCACAAGAAGGUUUACAAUCAGGUGUUGCUAAAGCCGGCUUCCAAAAUGAUAGGGUCGCAUUAAACGCAGAUGCAGAUUUGACCACUAGCAACCAGAUCGUUCAGGCUUCUGCAGUGGUAGGUCACCAGGGGUGGUUAGCUGGUUACCAGGGAGCAUUUGAUGUUCAAAAUUCAAAAUUGACCAAGAGCAACUUCGCCUUAGGAUUCUCAACCAAAGACUUUAUCCUUCACACACAAGUAGAUAAGGCGGAUGAAGAAACUGAAGAGAAGCAAAUAUUCGUUGGUAGUAUCUAUCAAAAACUCUCUCAGAAACUGACAGCGGGCAUUAACGUAAUGUGGAAACAGUGCGGUGGAGAGGCGGGUUUUGAUUUAGGUUGCUCGUACGAAUUGGACGGCGACGCUACUGUACGAGCUAAAGUUGACAAUAAGGUUCAAGUCGGUUUGAGUUAUACUCAACGUUUACGCGAAGUUAACCUUUUUCUGACAGUGACGAUGGUCAGCUAUUCAGCGGAGCUAUUUACCAACAAAUCAACCCAAAACUGGAGACCGGAAUUAACUUAUCUUGGGCAACAAGUGGCGAGAAGACCGUUUUUGGCUUGGGCGCCAAAUACAACCUCGAUCAGGAUGCAGCUCUUCGCGCUAAAAUCAACAACUCUAGCCAGAUUGGGUUAG